AUCUCAACUCUAAAAUCAAAAUUACGGCUCGGUCAAGCGGGAGGGUAAAGUUGUAAAAUCGAAAUUAUUUCUCUCUCUAAAAUCAACUUCACUGCGGUUUGGCUACAGGCAGGAAAGAAGGCCUCAAAAAGGGGUACGCUGAAUGGCUGAAAUGUCUAUUCCGGAAGCCCUUGUCUCCAUGAAUUCCCCACCUCCUUCUUCUUCUUUUGGGUCUAAGGAAUCAAACGUUCAAAGCACUGAUAAUAACCCUAAUUCUAACACCGUUUCUCCUUCUCUUUCCCCUUCUGUAACAAGACUAUGGAGACCUGCUGCUCAGCGAAAUCUCAGAAACCAAUGGUCCAAGUUGCUAUCUUUCAAGCAACAAUGGGUGUCUGCAUCUUCUAGCGGCAGAUCCCACGCAACAUCCCUCGUUAAUGCUUAUCUCUCACAGAGAUACAUGCCUGCGAUGGAUUUGGGCGUUUUAACUGAUAUGCCCGAUAUUCGAAACAGAGCUUGCUAUAAAUUGGCUCUACAGCAAGAGUUUCAUGGGAGAAAAAUUCUAUCGUCUUACAAAGAUAUGGUGGCCGUUGUCGCUCACAUGGUCAACACUUGUAGCUCCAUGCGACGUUUCCUUAAAGGACCAUCUGGUAGCCCACAUGUACAGUUUUCUAGUUAUUCUGAGGAUAAGAAUGAUAGUGGUGAUGGUGGGGGGAUUCCAGUAUUCACAUUUUGGCCAAUUCCAUUUUUUGAGAACUUGGGACAGGAGCUAUUUCAGAUGUUUGCAUUGGAGCUAAGUUUGAAGCGGUGUCUCUUGGUUGAAUUACUUUCCCUCAGCUGUGAGAAAUUUCCACAAGAAAGUGAUGGGUUAUGUUGGUCCAAUGAGCUUUAUCCGGGAGAAUUCAAUGAUUUAACCAUAAGUAACCUCUAUUCCAAAGAAACUUGUCAGCCUCUUCCUCCAAGGUUAAAGGGUUGUGAAUCUGGUGAUCCAAGAACUGUAAGAUCUAAUCAACAGCCAAGAGAGGAGAUUUUACAGGUCUACAUAACAGCGUGGCUUGCAGAGGUGAACAUAGAUAUGUACAGGGUGGAUGAAAUAUUUGCCACGGUGGGGGAAGAAAUGCAUGUAAGCUUUUCAUGAGGUAUGGCCAAGUGUAGAAAGGAAGGGAGCUGUCAUCGAGGGCAAACGUUAAGUGUUGAAGUUUUAGUACAAUCCCCACCCCCCCCCCCCCAAAAAAAAAAAAACCCAAAAAAAGAAAAAGAGAGAGAAUACUGAAGUCUGAGUCAUCAAUCAAGUCUGUUAAUGAACCUACAAAUAAAAUUUCUGAAAUUUUCUUAUUUUAACUGAUCAGACUUACAAUGGUUCAA